AUGUUGGCGGUUAUGUCCGAUGCGAGUGGAUUUGGAUCCGGGGGUGUAUCCGAUGUCAUACACGUAGGACCGCCGGCUGGAAGUUCACAGUGUAAUGCAGCUACAGGCCAUCCUGACUUCACUUUUCAAACGAAUUCGGCCCUGGCCCAGUGCAGAGCGUAUACAUUUUCUGCAUAUACUGGCGCAGUUCAGCCGAUCAACAUUACAGGUCUUAUUCCUGGUGGCACUUCAUUCGUGCUUGAUCCUCCAGAUGGUUCGACUAGCUACAGCUGGAUGACAGACUUGUCCGCUGGAACUUCUGUGGUUUUCUUCAUGGAAGAUUCGCAAGGGCGUCAGGGUGGAAGCACACAACUUUAUACCGUUGGCUUGAGCGAUGAGUCAACUUGCCUUACUGGCUCUUACCCAUCGUCACUGGCUGUCCAACCUUCAGCAACAACCUCCAGCGGGGCUUCAACAUCGAUUCUGAGCGCAUCCACAUCAUCCACCACUUCAUCGGAAUCCGCCACAGCAAAGUCAUCGGUGAUGCCGAUCGGAGCUAUAGCCGGCGCCGUAGUUGGUGGGGUGCUUGGACUCGUCGUUGCUGCGCUGCUAGCUAUCUUACUAGUGCGCAGGAACCGUAACAACACAAUACAUUACGGUGAUGAGGCCGUACCCUAUCGUGGGGGACGAGACAAACACGAGACCAUCGACCCUGCUGACGAAACAGGGGACGAGAUGUAUCCCAUUGUCAGUCCGUACCCUCUCUUCAACCCCACAAUUCCUGGCCCGGAUUUGUCGUCCGUCUCGGGUUACAUGUACUCCAGCUCCCAUUCCGCUUCCGGACCUUCCCACUCUCGGCAGAGCUCGUUCGCGGGAGCGAUGCCGGAGGCUCAAAGCAGCGAGGCUUCGUCGCAAGGACCGACGAUGCUCAUGGGGCCUCGGCGCAAAGCUGCAAUGGCAGGCGUAUCUGCAUACCCAUCAACCACACGAUUUAUCGUGCAUACAGACGCUGAAGAAGUGGUCGAAUUGCCUCCAAAGUAUAGUAGUUUGAGAGCUGGCCCUUCCCUACCAGUCGCAAUGGACCCAAUGGAGCAGCCCCACGCGUCGUCAUUCAUCCCCCCCUAG